AUGCCGGAAACAAAGGAUAAGUCCAAAGUUCAUAAGCUGUCGAUCAGGGGAUCGGCCAAGCUAGUGUCUGAAUUCUUUGAAUACUCGAUCAAUUCGAUCCUAUUCCAGCGCGGGGUCUACCCUCCCGAGGACUUCACAACUGUUAAGAAAUAUGGCCUCAAUAUGCUCGUAUCGGCGGAUGAUCAGGUGAAAGCAUACAUUAAGAAGAUCAUGUCACAGCUAAACAAAUGGAUGGCCGGCGGCAAGAUCUCGAAACUUGUGGUCGUCAUCACCGACAAGGAGACCGGAGAACAUGUGGAGCGCUGGCAGUUUGACGUUGAAAUCUUUGGCAGAAGCUCCAAGACCCUGAGUUCUCGCAAAGCGGGCGAUGGAGAGAACGCCGUUCCUGAAGCUGAGAACGCCCAAGCUUCGGAGCCGGUCGAGAAAACCGAGAAAGAGAUCCAAGAGGAGAUCCAGGCCAUCUUCCGCCAAAUCACCGCCUCUGUCACCUUCCUCCCCGUCCUCGAUGGUGACUGCACAUUCAACGUCCUCGUCUACGCCGACGCCGAUUCGGAAGUGCCCGUGGAAUGGGGCGACAGUGAUGCCAAGGAAAUUAAGAACGCAGAGAAGGUCCAGCUACGAAGCUUCAGCACCAACAACCACCGGGUGGGCACUCUGGUUAGCUAUCGGCUGGCCGACUGA